CUUCCAGGGCUCUGGAAGGAUCUAGGGGAAAUUGCUAGAAGGCACCUCAGAGACCCCUCUGAAGAUGGAACAGCUAAAGGACGGGGCUGAGCCCGAAGGGAACAACCUGUCCCUGCCGUCACCUGGAGCUGAGCCGUGGCCCGCUGCACCCAUCCCAACCCUGCCAGCCUCACUCCUGAGUGCCCCAGACCCUGCCCACCUGGGGCUCCCUGAGAGCGUGGCCUCUGUUACUGUGCCCAUCCGGCUGGACACCCUCUCCUGCCUCCUGCACAGUGCCCUGCUGGGGGCUUACACCCUCCAGCAGUCCUUGCCCUCCUGCCCCUGCUGUCCCCAGGCGUGCCACACCCAGCCAGGCACAGCCAGGAGGCCUCCCAGGGGACGCGGGGGGUGGGAAGUCAGACGUAGGCCAGGCUGGGGCCAAAGACAGCAGCGAUGGGGACCUGGGAGAGCUGAGCAGGCAGAGAGGGACUGGGCGGGGGGCCCUGGGGCUGGCCCCAAGACCCCACCCAGAAUGCCACCAACACUGCCUGCCCAGGAUGGGAAGAAGGAAGCCCGAGGUCCGGAAGCACCCCUGGACACUCCACCUGCUGCCGAGGACUGGGAGACAGAGUACUAGGAUGCUGGAGGGUCCAGCACCUGGGACUCAGGUCACCCAGGGGAUUUUCCCGGAGCCCAGAGUGACAUAAGCCCUGUCUGAGAUACCCCAAGAAACAUCCUGUUCCCGUCCUCCCCCACCCCCCAAACCAUGGCCUCUUCGACUCACCUGAUGAGCCUUGACCUAAGUCACCCGACUCAGGAUUCCAAACCAGAGAAAAACCCUGAACCUCACACCCAUGCCCAAACCCGUACAUGUGCCCCUGAUGGCCUCAACCCCGUUCCCAGCACCACCCCCAGCUACAACUACAGUCAUAACCUCAUUCCCGACCCCCAGGGCUCCUCCAGCCCUAUCCCCAACCCUGCUUCUAACCCCAAAGCCACUGCCACCUGCCUGUCCAGCCCAGCCCCAUCCCACUCUCAACACCAAAU